GAUUGUAGAACGUGAUCAUCGUGUAGAUUAACAUGGUAUAUCUAAAAGGUACAAGAAAAUAUGCUGUUUGCGCCCCAGGCACCAAUGCUGUUUUGUUUUUUCAUCUUUCUCGCUUGCUCGUAUCGCUCCGGGCGACUGGGACCCUCUCUCCCCUCCCUUUUUUUCCCCACUCGCCGACCCCUAAAAUCGCAUCUGAAUGCGAGAUUGGGCGCGAGAAUCAUCUAUAUUGUGGGGGGGGAGAGGCGCGGGAAAACCCACGCGCCAGCGCAGCAAAGUCAUCUCGCAUCGAACCAGCUCCAUAAACCCACAGGCAGACCGCUUUUGGUUAUUGGAGUGGAAGCGAGGGAGGAAGAAGAAAAAAAAGAAAGAAAAAAAAGACAGAAAAAAAAGACAGAAAAAAAUUGCGGAACCAAGGCCCGCAAUCGCCGUCGGCUGCCGACUCGGCCCCAGCUUCGGCAGGGUGAGGGAGUCAGUGUCGACAACGACAAAGUUCUGUUUGAUGGCCCAUCUCACGACAUCCCCUGGGAGGGGAAAGGGUCAUAUGCUACCCUUUUGCCGAAGUUGAGACCUCCCUUGGGCCCCCCUCUCCCCUGUUGGAGGCGACAACAUGUGGUCUGUUUCCAAGAGGGCGGGAGGGGAGGGCCAGGAAAAAGGAGAGAAGAAGAAAAAGGGCGCUUGACCGUAGCAUUACACAAUGCUGCGGUUGC